GGCAGACUGCCCCCCCCCCCCCCCCCAGUGAGGCCUGCAGGGAGCCGGUUCCCCAGGCCCGAGACCCGGGGCUGCCCCUGCAGGUUGUUUUCUGUUCAAUUUACACCGCUGGGCAGAUCUGCAGGUGUCCAGGAAACACAUAAGAAAAGUGGCUGCCUGUUAUAAUUGGGCUAGAAGAUGAACUCAGCUGAAUUCAGUGAUGAUGAUGAAGUUAAAAUUAUAAAAAAUAAUCUUGUGAAAGUAGAAACAGAAAAUGAAGAUGAAGCACUAGACUGCUCUGUGACAUCCAAAUCUCCUGAGAAACACUCAUUGGAUGGCUCAGCUACUUGCCUACAGGAUUCCAACAAACGGAAACAGACCUCACUUGGUUGUGAUGGUUCAGGGAGCCAGCAAGAGGUUUUACCCAGUGUGAAGAAAAGACGCUUUACUCACGAGGGCUUUAUUUCAAACAUGAAGAACCGAGAUAUUGGGUCACCCGCUCAGAUAAACGUAGAGCAACCUAACAAGAAUCCCAAUAUAACAUGGCUGUGUGAAGAAGAACCCUUCAAUGACGUGACCACUCCAUCCUAUAAGAAACCUCUGUAUGGCAUCUCACACAAAAUUACAGAGAAGAAGAGCACACCAGGGGCAGAGCAGUUUUCUUCUUAUGAGCUAUUUGAAAAGGUCAAUCCAAGCAGCCCCUCCCAUUUGCGGAAUUUGAGUGAUCAACGCAAAAGGGAUUCUGCUGCUACCAUCGCUGUUACAGCUUCCACCGCAGAUUCUGAUCCAAACAUAUAUUCUUUGAUACAGAAAAUGUUUUACACCCUCAACACCCUGAAUUCCAAUAUGACUCAGCUUCACAGUAAGGUUGACCUGUUGUCUCUUGAGGUCAGCAGAAUUAAAAAGCAUGUCAGCCCAACAGAGUCUGUAGCAGAGUUCAGGCCUCCCCCAGAGUACCAGCUAACUGCUGCAGAACUCAAACAGAUCAUGGAUCAAAGCACAUCAGGUGGAGAUUUGGCUUGUCGGUUACUAGUUCAGCUUUUCCCAGAGCUCUUCAGCGAUGAGGAGUUCAACAGGAGCUGCAGCACAUGUGGCUUCCUUAACAAAAAGAAGCUUGAAUCGCUUCAUCUGCAGCUUAUCCGAAACUAUGUGGAAGUUUGUUAUCCUUCUGUGAAGAACAAUGCUGUGUGGCAGGUGGAGUGUUUGCCUCAAGUUAAUGAUUUUUUCAGUAGGUUUUGGGCACAAAGAGAAAUGGAAAAUAGUCAGCAAAGUGUGCAGUCAUCCAGUUUUUAUGAGUCUGAACAGGUAGAGUCCUCUCAUUUUAUUGAGGAUAAAGAGCAGGAGGAAGCUUUGUCUCUGGACAGGGAUAAUGCCACCACCUCAGAUUAUGUUCUGGAUGCUCAGGAUCUCAAUGAAUUUUUAGAUGAAGCUUCAUCCCCUGGGGAAUUUUCUGUGUUUUUGUUACACAGAUUGUUUCCUGAGCUCUUCGACCACAGGAACCUGGCUGAAAGAUAUAACUGCUAUGGAGAUUCUGGGAAGCAAGAGCUGGAUCCUCAUCGACUUCAGAUAAUUCGAAGAUACACAGAAAUUUACUUUCCUGAUGUGCAGGAAGAGGAGGCGUGGUUGCAGCAGUGUGCACAGCGAAUAAAUGAUGAACUUGAAAGUAUGUAUAUGGAUGGGAGUGAGUGUGAACAGAUGAGAGACGACUGCUAUGAUUCUUCUAGUUUGCCUGAUGAUGUAUCUAUCAUAAAAGUGGAAGACAGCUUUGAAUAUGAAAGACCAGGAAGAAGGUCAAAAAAGAUUUGGCUUGUGCCCAUAGACUUUGAUAAACUUGACAUUCCCCCUCCCGAUUUUGAUGUUCCUGUCCCGGAUUACCUGCUGAACAAGGAACAAAUUAAAAAUAUAUAUGAAAGCAGUCUGUCCAUAGGAAAUUUUGCAUCUCGAUUGCUUGUUCACUUAUUCCCUGAACUAUUUACUCAUGAAAAUCUAAGGAAGCAAUACAACUGUAGCGGAUCACUAGGCAAGAAACAACUUGAUCCAAGCAGGAUUAAAUUAAUUCGACACUAUGUGCAAAUAUUGUACCCAAGAGCAAAGAACGAUAGAGUAUGGACAUUGGAAUUUGUUGGGAAGCUUGAUGAGAGAUGUCGACGCAGGGAUACUGAACAGAGGCGCACAUACCAACAGCAGCGGAAAGUUCAUGUCCCGGGGCCUGAGAGGAGAGAAUUUCUUACCUAUGCAAUAAACCCAGAAAGAUUCAGAGAAGAGUUUGAAGGGCCACCACUGCCGCCAGAAAGAAGCAGCAAAGAUUUUUGCAAGAUACCACUUGAUGAACUUGUCGUUCCGUCCCCAGACUUCCCUGUGCCUUCUCUGUACAUGCUAUCUGAUAAAGAGGUAAGAGAGAUAGUACAGCAGAGCCUUUCUGUGGGAAACUUUGCUGCCAGGCUGCUAGUAAGGCUCUUUCCAGAGCUCUUUACCCCAGAGAAUCUCAGACUUCAAUAUAACCAUUCAGGUGCUUGUAACAAAAAGCAACUUGAUCCCACCAGACUCAGAUUGAUCCGUCAUUAUGUUGAAGCAGUUUAUCCCGUGGAGAAAAUGGAAGAAGUGUGGCAUUAUGAAUGUAUACCAAGCAUCGAUGAAAGAUGCCGGCGUCCCAACAGGAAAAAGUGUGAUAUACUGAAAAAAGCCAAGAAAGCAAAAAAGUAACAGGCUCUCUAAAUUCUUCAGACUUUGACCACUAAAUUAUUUGGGAAGAGCAUAUUUUGUUCUAGACUGGGAGCUUGAUCUUACUAUGGAAUCUAAGGGCGAUCAGCCCCUAGGAAUAUUGGGCGCUAAGAUUGUUACUUUUUAAUAUGUGUAUUGCACAUAUAAGGGCACUGCAACAGUGGAAAGUGGUUUACUACAUUUGUACAUGAUAAAGACCAUAAAUGAUCAGUGAUGAAGUCACUAAUGACUCAUUAAGAGCAUGACUUUUGCUGGUGCAAAUACACAUAUUAAGUGUAUUAGUCCUCUCCCCACUUUUGCAUCUUCCAUUUUUAUCACUUUUUUUAAUAAUAAAAGAAACCUUUUAAAAAAUCAUUGUGCUCUUCGGGGCAGUUUUGCAUUAAACCCUUUUAAACAUCAAGGUUAAAUAAUUUGGAAUCUGAAUUAUUUUUUAACUUGCAAAUUUUUUUUUUUGAAAGUGCCAUGUUCAUUGAGAAUGACUGAAACAUCAGACUUGGUUACUAUAGUAAUUACAGCUAUCCUUUUGUUUUGUUCUUGAUGAUAAUGAAAAUAACAGGAGGUCAAUACUGGGUCAAAUGUAAUUUCCUUUUUGACUGUUACCAAUGUAUUAUUUCCAUUUCUAUAAGAACUAAGACUUGAUUAGACACAAUGUGUUUUUACUUUGAGCUGGUAGACCUGAUCCUUCACCCUUACUCAUGUAAGUUAUUUCAUUGUCUUCAAUAUGACUACUGGGAACUGCUUCAGUGAAUAGGGUUACAAAAACAGAAUCAAGCCCUUUAACAGCAGAAUGUGUUGCUAUUGCCUGUUAGUCUCUCUCUUUUUAGAAAAAGUACUUGAAACAAGGAAUGUAGAAAAACAUUUAAGUCCUUAUUCUUCAUCAGAAUUAUGAUUCCAAAGUUUCCAGUAUUAAAUCAAAUAUUUAAUAAGCAAAAGGUAAAUACAAAGAUUUGAUUCUGUGGUAGAAGUGAAUGCUGCAAGGGUUCCCCCCCUAUGAGCUGUGGCGAUAUGGUGUGUUUGUGUGAAUACAGCACAACCUGGAGUCUCCGAAUGUCAUAGGGAUAUUGAAAAUUCCUUUGAUUAUCCAAAUUGAUUUAGUGUAAUAAAUAUCUAUCUGGAAAUGUAAUCUUGUAUGGUUAACUUAGGUUCAGAUUAUCAAGAUUGCAUUGUUAAUAUAAUUAGUUAUAAUGAAGAAUAUCCUAAGUCCAUUGUAACUUCACAGUUUCUGAUCUGUCCUUGAAGAGUGCUGCAUUAAAAUCAGAACCUGAUUUUCCUCUCAAUUACGUUGCUCUAAAGCAGGAUGUCCGUUGAUGUCAAUGGUUUGAGAGAAUCGAGCCUUCCGUUAGAUGUUAGUCAUGGCAGUGAUCAUUUAACACUGACCAUCCCUUGAACAUCUUGAGAUUUGUUGAGGUUCUCUGUGGUCCUCUUUUGUUAUUUAUUUAGAUGGAUCAUAGUAUCACAUUUCAGUUAAGCCCUAGUGUAAAUUUCUAUUUUAGCAAUUGUAUUAAACUACAAAAUACUGGAUAUUUUUACUUCAGUUUUUUAGAAUUUACUGGUCUCAGAAUCAUGUUGACCCCUUCCUUUUUUAAAAAAACAUAAUAUUUUUUUCUAAUGGCAAGAAUUAGCAAAGUUAUUUUACAGUGUUAAAGCAGUAGUAAGUCACAGUAGAUAGUAGAACUCACACAUUUUCCCCUAUGUGCUAGCAACAUCCUAAAAGAAUGUAUGAUGAGAGUCAUGAUUGUACUGAAUAAUCUAAUACUGUUUAAAUUCACUUAAAUGUUUCCUGUUGGCAUAAGUAAUAGCAGACCAUGCGCAAAAUGGAUAUCAGCGCAAAUAUGGUUAUAAAUAAAGUGAGAACAUUUUACCAAAGAUAAUGCACUUAUA